AUGGCCCAUGUUUAUAGUGAUCAGUGUGUCGGUGACAAUCGCUCUGGUAAGGAGCACAGGCCUGUUGUCAUGGAUCUGCUACAAAAGAUGAUAUUUCCAGAGUUGAACCGGGAGCCAAUGAUCGACUCCAUAAUCAGGAGAUGUUGGUACAGUGAGUACGAGACAGUGGCAGAAUCGACCGCAGAUACAGAAAGUUUAUGUGGCAUGGGCAGUGAGGCUUCCAGGGGCAAGAUUGAAGGAGUUAAGUGUUUGACAUCCAUAUCUGCAGACGACUUUUCAUCGCGGAGGAAAUUGUAUGGUUUUGACAAAGCUAUGCGCGGCCGAAAACUUCGUCCCUUCGCCGAUUUUGCUUCGCGCGUUGGGCUGGAAUAUUUCGCAGCUGCCAUGACAAAUAGCGAUAUAGCGCUGUAG